AUGUGGCUACUUUUUUCAUUAGCAAUUAAAAGCACAUUACCGCUCUCCUUAACAGAUUCAAAUGAUAAUCCGUUCCCCUCAUGCAGAUGCAAAAAUUAUCAUGAUACGUUAGAAAUCGGACAAUACACUGUCGAUUUUCUCGACAAUGGAGCACAAAGUUGUUACAGGGGAAGCUUUCUAUUAGGUGGAAAAGAUUUCCAAGUUACUGCUGCAAUUCGUUCGACAAAAGAUAAAACAUGGAAUUAUUCUACUACGUAUCCAAAUGCGGCAGCGAUUCUAUUGAAGGAGUCAGAUAACACUUCAAUUUUUAAAAUAGAGUGCAUUUCUGGAGUUACAUCUUGUAAGAUUCAAAUUGCUAAAAUUAUGCCAUCAUAUAAGAAAGAUAAUGUAUAUUAUAGAACAUAUAUAUCUACAGUUAAAAAUGGCAAUGUUAAUUUUGAAUAUUCGACUAAAAAAGUUGAUGGAUAUUUCGUUCAAUAUCAGGGCGUAUUUUUGAACCUGAACAAACGAAAAUUCACAAUAGAUACCAAUUCAACGAUUAAAUUUAAUCAAUCAGGGUUAUCAUUUGAUCAAGAAAAAUUCCAGUAUUCCGGAAUAUUCGACACUGUUCAUUUGAAGCCACAAUAUGAUACAAAUUCUCAAACAACAGUACCAGCUAAACUCUCAAUCAGUUAUUCACCAGAAUCAAACAAUAACCCAUCACAGAAUUCUGAUAUUAUUUGGCUUUUCCCAGAAAUAACAUCAUUUAUUAAGGAAGGAACAUCAAUAUGUCCACAUAACCAUUUAGAUGAUGAAGAUACUCCGGCACAAAAAACAUCGGCUCCUUAUAUCAUAGUUUUCGUUUGUCUCUUAGUUGUGAUUAUUCUUUUAGUUACAGCAAUUGUAACAAUACUAGUUAUAAGACACAAAAAGGAGAAAGACCAAAAAGAAGUUCAACUUGCAAAUUCAGAAUAUAAAGACACUGCAGAAAAUUUGUUACCUGAUGCUUAA